UGCCCACGCUCACUCCGGUGUCCGCGGCGGCCUGCCAACUGCACAACAACUUUCCGUGCCUCGCCCUGACGGGCCCUCCGGGGAUGCGUGGCUUCGCGUACGGCAUCGCGUUCCGCGACAAGAUCCGUUCCAACAUCAACCGGUCGCUAGAACGCGAGGACAUCCCGACGUGGUAAGCUUUUGUUCCCAUUCCCCUUUCCGCUCUCGGUUCUGGCUUCCGGGGCGAGCGAGCACAAUUCAGGGCGUUCAACACUCGGGCGAUGAGAGAGGAUGGCUGACCGCGUGCCGCGCAGGGAAACCUGUGAGAAGCUCAUCCAGGGUUACAAAGAGGAGCUGGCCAAAGAGUGGCCGACGGGGUAUGAGGAGAUGAAGGGCAUCGCUAUGGGCGCCGACGUCUCGAUCGACCGCAUCGUCUUCCUCAACGCGCGCGAGGACAUCGCCGCCCUCAGCCCUUUGCUUGUCGACGACGCGAAAGUGGGCUCGCGCAACUGGGACACGCGGCCCCGCCGCGGCGCGGAUCAGACGAUUACCUCGUGGUUCACCGCGAAAGGCACUGCCUCCGGCGAGGCCAUCGUCGCGUGGGCCUGCAACUCGACAAAGCAGGUCUUGGACGAAAACCUCUUUGUCAGCCUCGAGUUUCACCACUCGGCUGAGGAGAACGUCCCGACCGUGUUCCUGUUGACCGAGGCCGGCAUGAUCAGCGGCGUUGGGAUGAACUCGGCGCGCGUGGCGGCGACGGGCAACUAUCUCUUCACGACAGCCGACCACCUCCCCGAGGACGGCGAGACGUACUUUCCCCUGUCGUGCCUGAACCGCUAUCUCCUGCAGUGCACCAGCAUCCGGGAGGCCCGCGGGAUGCUGUACGGACUGGUGCGGAACACGUCCAGGCACGUGUUCCUCGGAGACGAGGUCGGAGCCUGCUCGGUGGAGAUCACGCCGGUGCGGAUCAUCGACCACAACCGCAAGACGGACGCCACCACGCAGGUGCACACGAACCACCUGGUGUCGCUCGAGGCAUUCCAGCGCCGCCACGAGAUGCAAGACCGCUUUCUCGACGCCAGCAGCAAGUUCCGGCUCUACCGUCUGGAGGACCUCAUCGCCGUGCGCGGCUCCGAGCCCUGGAGGCUGCAGGACAUCGUGGAUUUGUUCUCGGACCACAACGGCGAGCCGGACAUGAUCUGCCGGCACCCCAAGGCAGCAGAAGAAUCCGGCUCCGCGGAACAGCCGGACGACGAAGAGAAGAUGAUGGUCGCGUUCGUCAUGUUCAACCCGCAGCACAAGCUCGCCUCGGUAUGCAAGGGCCCCGCGUGCCAGGGCCGCAUGAUCCACGUCACCCUCGCGAAGCUCGCCACCCGAGAGAGCGCGCAGGACGAAGAUGAGGACUCGGACGAGGACUAGAAUGCCCCGCUUAGGGACCACCCCGGGGAGUCAGAGAGAGGCUGGAAGCUCCAGACAAGUUUGAGAGAAUGAAGGACAAGUAUACGGAAGGAGAAUUCGACACAUAUUGAUGGGACGGCUAUGAAAGGGCAGAAACCGUCCACUGUCCAAUGCUGGCUGGCUGGUCUUGUUGGCGGCUUCACUCGAGGCUGGUAUAUGGGUUUGUUGUUUUCAAUUACUGAAGGGGCAUCGAAAGAGGUCCACUUGCACGCUACGCGGAAGCAAAACCGCUGUGUACGGGAUAAGAUUGAGAAUCAUCCGUAGAGAUGUCGUAGGUAGUCGUCGAGUUCAAUGGACUUAAGUUGGCACACUAACUUCCGGAUACUGU